ACUAAGCUCGCUUAGAGAAACAAACAGUUAAACCGAAACACACGAAUCUGAAGUGUUUAGACUUGGGUUGUUAGCUUCCAAAAUGUCUCAGGCUAACGGUAAAAAGGAAUUUAGCAUGACUAAAGAGGUGAGGCAGUUAUUCUUGAAAAUGUAUUGAUGGAAAAUAAGGCUGUGUUCCUCGGUUUUGUUGCUACUUGAAUCGAGAGAAUUGUUUGCUCGUGUUCAGCUAAUCGAGCCUGUCGUUACAGACCCAAACGUUUUCCAGUCUUUUUCUUCUCAACAUAAAGUUGCAGGUGGCAUCUCAACGCCCUUUGUGGAAAUAUAACCUCUUUUUUAAAGCUCAAAUUAUUGUAAAAUAUUUUCCAGAUUUUACGCGACUUUAAAAAGUCAUUUGAUUCUUCAGGUUUUGACUAAUAAUGAUGCACAGGCUAAAUUGUUGUAAGAGAUAUUGCCAAGUGAUCAGUAGACUUGCCUUAACGGUUAAAUUUGCUGGACGUAAAUAAAUGGGGAGGUUUUGAACUUCCAAAUGCAUAAAAGUUGCUACUAAGUUCCUUUUAGAGGGUGGUCUUUUAUAGGUGCUUUCUUUUUUUGAAAAAAAAAUACAUAGGAGAUUCAAUGAUAAAAAUUUGUGCACUAACUGAAAAUUUUAAGCAUCGUUAGAGGAUUUUGGUUCAAUAGUGACCUCAAAUAUUCUGCAACAUUGUUUUUUUUUCUCAAAUGUGUCAAAACGUAGCUUUUAAGCCAUAUAACUACUUUUUUGAACUCCCUGAGGAGGUUUUUUUUAAAUCAGAAAAAAUCACUUGGAUAUAUCAAUAAGCAAGUAGCAAAAUUCUGAUGCUGUGUGCUGCUCAUUAGUAAUUUCUGAAAUGAAUUUUAAAAUUGCAAAACUGGAAGAAUGCAAGGAGCUUGUCAGACUUCCAGUUUGUGAUUUAACUGCAUGUAAAUUGCACUCUGUAGCAGAAUACUUCACUUGGUGCAGUAUUUUGGGGUUCUUGCUCAUCCCUCUACCAGCAUGUUGAUUUGUUUUAGAUCACUGAGGUUUGAGCCAUCAUUUGCUAAAUGUAUUUCCAUUUUGUCCUGGGCUACGUUGCAAUUGGCAAGCUUGUUGAGGGUUAAACAAUGUCUAAUUAUUUCAUGGUCCUCAACACUUCUCUUUUGUCCAGUUACACUUAAUUUUUUGAGGUCUAUGGUGCUUGUCAAAUGUUGUCUUUUUCAGAAGACCUCUGUGAGCUAAUAAAAUUUUUCCAUCUAGGAACUCGAUAAAUUUGAAAAGGCCCUGAAAGAUAAAGAGUUUCGAAAAUUGCUUGUGGAAUAUGCUCAAGAGAUAUCAGAUCCAGAAAAUAAAAAGGUAAGUUGGUAGAAUCACAAGCAGACUCUAUUUAAGGUAGAAAAUGUGUUACUUGCAAUUAAAUUUUAAUCUGUUUUUAGUGUUAAUUGGUGCAAACUGUGGUUGAAGUAUGUAACAAUAAAAGUCUUUCUAUUUUGUAAACUGUGGUGUUAGUAAUGAUUUCUAGUCCUGAAAAAAAGGUGUGACUGUAAAGAUGCAAAAAGUACAAUAAUGUUUUAUGCAGGUAUGAUAUUACCAAUCAGCUGCUGACAUGUCACUCACCUUUUGUGAUACUUUGUCUAAUUGAUGACUACAGAGCAUUCACCAUUCUCAAUCUAAGAUUGUUUGCAGGAUUUUCUUGAUGCAAUAAGCAAAGUGAUAUAUUAUUGCUUGUCAUUAUGGAAUUUCUCUUGGGUUCAUCAUGAUAUCUUAUUCAUUUGCUGUGUUCACUCAUGCCCUCAUGUACUAUUCUCCAUUUACUUAUCUACCAUGUAAUUGCAAUAUAAUACAAUGCAAUGCACAUUUUGUGAUAUUACCUUUUCUGUGAUGUAAUUCUGCCAUGUGCAUUUUCUGCUAUUCCCCAUUUGUUUCAGGAAACCAAGGUAAGAUUAGAGAUAUACAACAUUCCUCCCCUCUUAAACACAAAGUUCACAAAUACAUAUUCUUGUAGAAAUAUGAAGAAGAAAUAGCACAGAUGGAGAAGAUGAGAGGAAUGGAUGUGAAGUUUGUUAAUCCUGAGGUACAAGUUUGGAAAUUAUUAAAAUUAUGUGAAUAACUUAGAUCUAUCCUACAUAUGCCAAGAGGUUUUGCCAACAUAGCACGCAUCACAGAAAGACCCUAUUCCUUGUGGGCUCCGUAUGUGUGUGGUUUACAAGUUUUUAUGUGCGGGCUGUAAUGCCUGUUAUGUUGGUGAAACCUCUUGGCAUUUAUCCAUGUUCAUUUGUUUAGUACGUUAUUACCUUAGUACUAGGUAAAUUCAUCACGGCUUGUUCUUCAUUUGUUUAGUGCGCUAGUACGUUAGUACCUUAGUACUCACUAAAGACAACUCAUCAUGGCUUGUUUUUCAUUUGUUUAGUGCGCUAGUACGUUAGUACCUUAGUACUCGGUACGGACAACCCAUGACGGCUUGUUCUUCAUUUGUUUAGUGCGCUAGUAUGUUAGUACCUUAGUACUUGGUACGGACAACUCAUGACGGCUUGUUCUUUAUUUCUUUAGUGCGCUAGAAUGUUAGGACCGUAGUACUCGGUAGGGAAAACUCAUCACGGCUUGUUCUUCAUUUGCUUAGUGCGCCAGCACGUUAGUGCCUAAGUACUUCGUACAGACAACUCAUGACGGCUUGUUCUCUAUUUGUUUAGUGUGCUAGGACGUUAGGACCGUAGUACUCGGUAGGGAAAACUCAUCACGGCUUGUUCUUCAUUUGUUCAGUGUGUUAGUACGUUAGUACCUUAGUACUCGGUACGGACAACCCAUGACGGCUUGUUCUUCAUUUGUUUAGUGCGCUAGAAUGUUAGGACCGUAGCACUCGGUAGGGAAAACUCAUUACGGCCUGUUCUUCAUUUGUUUAGUGCGCCAGUGCGUUAGUACCUUAGUACUUCGGUACAAACAACUCAUGACGACUUGUACUCCAUUUGUUUUGUGCGCUUGAACGUUAGGACCGUAGUACUCGGUAGGGAAAAAUCAUCACGGCUUGUUCUUCAUUUGUUUAGUGCGCUAGAACGUUAGGACCGUAGUACUAGGUACAGACAGCUCAUGACGGCUUGUUCUUCAUUUGUUUAGUGCGCCAGUGCGUUAGUACCUUAGUUCUUCGGUACAGACAACUCAUGACGGCUUAUUCUCCAUUUGUUUUGUGCGCUAGAACAUUAGGACCGUAGUACUCGGUAGGGAAAACUCAUCACGGCUUGUUCUUCAUUUGUUUAGUGCGCCAGUGCGUUAGUACCUUAGUACUUCGGUACAGACAACUCAUGACGGCUUGUUCUCCAUUUGUUUAGUGCGCCAGUACGUUAGUACCUUAGUACUCGGCUCUGACAACUCAUCACGGCUUGUUCUUCACAACUCAUCAACCCAUUACGGCUUGUUCUUCAUUUGUUUAGUGCACAAGUACGUUAGUACCUUAGUACUUGGUACGGACAACUUAUGACAGCUUGUUCUUCAUUUGUUUACAGACAAACUCAUCAUGGCUUGUUCUUCAUUUUUUAGUGCGCUGCGUUUGUACGUUAGUACCUUAGUACUUUAUUUGUUUAGUACAACGACAACUCAUGACCAUAGCACUUGCUUGUUCUUCAUUUUUUAGUGCGCUAGAAUGUUAGGACCUUGUUCUCCAUUUGUUUAGUAGUACUACUCAGUAGGGGAAAACUCAUCAUUUGUUUAGUGCGCCAGUUUAGUACGGCUUGUUGUUCUUCAUUUACUUAGUGCGCUAGUACCUUAGUACUCGAUACAGACAACUCAUCAUGGCUUGUUCUUCAUUUUUUUAGUGCGCUAGUACGUUAGUACCUUAGUACUUGGUACGGACAACUCAUGACGGCUUGUUCUUCAUUUUUUUAGUGCGCUAGAAUGUUAGGACCGUAGUACUCGGUAGGGAAAACUCAUCACGGCUUGUUCUUCAUUUGUUUAGUGCGCCAGCACGUUAGUACCUUAGCACUUCGGUACAGACAACUCAUGACGGCUUAGUCUCCAUUUGUUUAGUGCGCUAGAAUGUUAGGACCGUAAUACUCGGUAGGGAAAACUCAUCACGGCUUGUUCUUCAUUUGUUUAGUGCGCCAGCACGUUAGUACGUUAGUGCUUCGGUAUAGACAACUCAUGACGGCUUGUUCUCCAUUUGUUUAGUGCACUAGAAUGUUAGGACCGUAGUACUCAGUAGGGAAGACUCCUCAUGGCUUGUUCUUCAUUUGAUUAGUGCGCUAGUAGGUUAGUACCGUAGUACUCGGUACUGACAACUCAUGACGGCUUGUUCUCCAUCUGUGUAGUGCGCUAGUGAGUUAGUACCUUAGUACUCGGUAGUGACAACUCAUCACGGCUUGUUCUCCAUUUGUUUGGUGCGCUAGUAAGUUAGUACCAUAGUACUUGGUACAGACAACUCAUGACGGCUUGUUCUUCAUUUGUUUAGUGCACUAGUACGUUAAUACUGUAGUACUCGGUUCGGACAACUCAUGACGGCUUCUUCUUCAUUUGUUUAGUGCACUAGUACAAUAGUACCGUAGCACUCGGUACGGACAACUCAUCACAGCUUGUCCUUCAUUUGUUUGGUUUUACUAGUGCGUUAGUACCGUAGUACUCAGUACAGACAACUCAUGACGGCUUGUUCUUUAUUUGUUUAGGGCGGUAGUAUGAUAGUACUUUAGUACUCGGUUCGGUUAACUCAUCACGGCUUGUUCUUCAUUCGUUUAGUGCGCUAGUUCGUUAGUACCAUAGUACUUUAGUGCUCGGUACCGACAACUCAUCACGGCUUGUUCUUCAUUCGUUUAGUGCGCUAGUUCGUUAGUACCAUAGUACUUUAGUACUUUAGUACUCGGUACUGACAACUCAUCACGGCUUGUUCUUCAUUUGUUUAGUGCGCUAGUAGGUUAGAACCGUAAUACUCGGUACUGACAACUCAUGACGCCUUGUUCUCCAUCUGUGUAGUGCGCUAGUAUGUUAGUACCUUAGUACUCGGUAGUGACAACUCAUCACUGUUCUCCAUUUGUUUGGUGCGCUAGUAUGUUAGUACCUUAGUACUUGGUACAGACAACUCAUCACAGCUGGUCCUUCAUUUUAUUUGGUUUUACUAGUGCGUGAGUACUGUAGUGCUCAGUACAGACAACUCAUGAUGGCUUGUUCUUUAUUUUUUUAGGGAGCUAGUACCUUAGUACUGUAGUACUGAGUACAGUUGACUCAUCAUAGCUUGUUCAUUUGUUUGGUGCGCUAGUACGUUAUUACUUUAGUACAGACGACUCAUUACUUGUUCUUCAUUUGUUUAGUGCGCUACUACGUUAGUACCUCAGCACUCGGUGCGAAUGACUCGUGUUAUCAACUUAUCUUUUUCUUAACCGAUUAUUUCAUUAAUUAAUAAUUCUUAGCACAUAUGUAGAUAAACAGAUAAAAGAAAGAUAAAGUUUUCAGGCUGCUAAUGGGCAAGAACAGCACAAGGAUUAAAAAAGCAAAAUAAAUAAGUCUGGUCGAAUCAGCUUAAUUUUAAUAGUACCUUAAUCACCCAUACUAAGCAGAAAAACUAGAAAAAAGAUUCCUAUUUUGGGCAUGGUAUCAUAUUUUCGCAGAAUGUUGCAUUCUAUGUUUAGAUGAGUGUUCAAUAACAUCUUAGCUCAUACUUCUUAAAAUCAAAGAAGCUAUCCACAUUCAAUGGGAGCAACCUACAGUUAAUAAUAAACUUUAUCAUGUUAAUUUAAAACUUUUGUCAUAAUUGCAUACAUUAUUAAAUGUCUCGAUUGUUUGUUUUGUCCAAUGAACAUUUUAUUAUGCACUUUAAAUUAAUUUUGUACUUUGUAUAAAUCAGAACUGAAGAUGACAGAAGAACUGUUUAAACAUGUUUCUAACAAAUGUCAUAUAUUUUCUUAAAUUAUUUUCAAUUUACCUUUUAAAAAUCCUGAAGGGGCAUUUUUAGGAUCUGUAAAAGGUUAAAAUAGCAGAUCCUUAGCUUUUGUUGGGAUCUUAAGGAUUUUUAUAAGACUUUGCUGGGAUUUUGAAGGUAUUUGCAACUUUGAUUAAAAAAACUUGGAGUUGUAGUGCUAUUGAUGUUAUUCUUCCUACUAUCUUGUUUAUAUAUCACAACUAAGACUGAAGUGGAAGUCUGGGGAUCAUUAUAGGUUUGAAUUUGGUAUAGUGGUGUGUAUACAUUGAAAACUAUUACAAGGGUCACUUUUAAGCCAUCAGGUUAAAAAGAACCUCAGGUCAGCAAAUAUGUGGUGUGAUAACUUUAUCAUGUGUUUAGAUUUCAUUCUUGCAUUUUGUUUACAGGAUGGUUAUGUUGUAAAAACAACAGAUCUUGAGGGUGGUAUCAAAGUAUUUGUCAACAUUUCCUUGAAUCAACAUAUUGGAGAAGCGUCUUCACAAUAUACUGAAAGAGAGGAGAAUGGAAAGAAGUAAGUGGUUUGCAUAUUACAGUUAUUUCUAAGUCAGAAACUUGUUGAGUUGUGUCCAUUGACAUCCAAGUGGAUUACACUUGAACCUCAAAUGGGAGACAUGUAAGGAGUCAGUGCUAAGUGUCUCCUGGAAUGGACUUGUUCACUCAGAUAAUUUUUGUUUGAGUCAAGAUCAAAAUUUUUGUCCUUUGAACAGAGUUUUCCUAUCAAAGUUACUUACUAACAGUGUGUGAAACUUGUUCAUUAUGUGCAGAGGUUGGAUUCAUUUUAUUUUGUAUUCUCUACUUCUCUUCAAGCCUGUACAUUCUGUUUGGUAUUCCAUCUUUUGCAUUUAAAUAUCAGUGUCACCUUCACCCAUCUUCUGUAAGCCGUGUGAUUAAUAACAAGACCUUUGAUUGUCAUAGAACUGACACAAAUAGUGGUGUAAACUUUUGAGUAUUCAAAUAUGUUUUUUUUCUGUUUUGUUAGAGAGACCUUUUGUAAUUCAUACUUUGUAAUCUUUGGUGCACAGCUCCAACUGAUGCCAUUCUUAACUAUUUUCAAAUGUAGGAGAGCUGGCCACCAGUGGAAUAUUCCUUACAGCUUAUCACAACCCAGAAAGGAUGUUGAUAGAGGUAUGGUGUGGAAGAAUAUUUCCAUUAAGCCCUGAAAAGUGAUGUCUUCUGUACUUGAGCUUAUCUCUAGAGAAUACAAGUGUAUUGACCCUUUAACUCCCAAGAUCUGAAUGUAAAUUCUCUGUUCAAGCUACUAUACAUUUCAUUGUUAAUAAGUUGUGAGAAUAGGGUGUUAGAUUAAGUUAACAACUUCUAUCUGAUAAGUUUGAGUAUUCUCAUUACCUGUUCGCUAUAGAAUGUAUGGAUAUAAUGAGGAGAAGUUAUAUGUUAAUCACUUCUGGGAGUUAAAAGGUUAAGGUUGAUGUUCAAUUUCAGGUCUGUUAUUGUUCAUUUGGUGACCAUUGUUUGCUUCAGAGACUAUGAAAAAAAUUGGUCAGUCAACAUUUUAUUGUAUUUUCAUGUGCUUAGAGAGGAUUGAAGCAGCUCCAGUUCUUCAUUAUUUACUGUGUUUUAUCAAGCUAAUCGCCUAAUCUUCAGCAAAGGUCUCAGGCUGUUAGCCAUUUGAAAUUAUAUCUUGGCAAAUAAUUGAACAACACUUGAUGUUGUUGUCUGUGCAGAUUAAUUUCUUUUGAUUCAAGUCCUUGAAUGUAAUUUGUUAUAUGUAGCUGGCAAGCCCUGUACUGUGUAUGAUGCCAUAUUCCAUCCAGACACUUACAAGAAAGGUCAAGAGGUGUGAUUGAGCUCCUUAUGAUAUCAAACAAUUUCUUAUGUCAAUGUUUCAGUGAUCUAAGAUUGCCAGAUCAAAGAUGAAGAUGACAAACAUCCCAUGCUAUCCUUCAAUAGAUAUGAAUUUAUUUCUACAAUCUGCUAGUACUGUAGCUCAUAAAAUAUUCUAUGCUUAGAUAAGACCCUUGAAGAACAUAUUGCAUGAUCACUCACUCCUAAGAAGCAAUGAAUGUCCAAAGUAAUACUUUUAAUUUUACAUAAACACAUGAAGCUACUUGAGAAAAACCCAAAUUGAUUCUGCAUAAAAUUUCUAAUGAUAAGAGACAGUGCCAAGAUGUUUGCUAUCUUGAUAGGGCCUGUGACAAAAGUGGAAGGAGUUUGUCAAGAGAAAAGGUCACUUUCUGUGAUGAUCUAAUAGAGUUAGAUGUAAAGGAGUUAAUUAUGAUUUUAUGUAUUAAUUAGGACAAGAGAUUUAAACAGUUGAUGAUUGACACUGCUUUAGAUGGAAUUCUGAGAGAGUUUAGAGCAAGACUGGACAAGAAAAGUGAGUACAUUUAAGAACACACUGAUAAUGUUGCAACUGGUUCUUAUUAAUUAUUCUUAUUAUUAAUUUAAAUAUUAUUUUUAUAGUCACUGUUUUGUUUCCUCAGAAACAAAGCGCAUUUAUUUUGUCUUCAGGUUGAGCUAUUUACAUGCAAGGGUGUAGUAGCCAAAUAAAAAUUUUUACAAAAUCUAAACUUAAUAUCUUUUAGACCUUAAAUUCCCAAAGAUGAAGUUCAAGGGAGUUAAACAGUCUACAGUUAUAAGAACAAAGACAAGUGAGGUAUACUACAUUAUUACCAAUUUUAGUCAUCAAUUUAAUGUCAGCACAAUCAUGGCUGUUCAAAUGGCUUACUUGUAUAUCCAAAUAAGACUUGACUAUAUCAAACUUUUCUCUUCCGUUUCUCAGAGAAAAAACAUUGUGACCAUUACACAAGGAUACGGUAGUCAAUAAUAUAAUAGAAAGAUACCAUUACCCAUGAAAUAUUGUCAUCAUAUUAACAUGGGGUAAAUGCAAAAUAAAUUUUUGUCAAUAUUCCUCUGUAUAGGUGCCUGAAGAUUCAGCUGAGAUGAUGAUUGGUGAUGCAAAAUUUCCAUAUCCCUAUAGUGAUGAACCAACAGUUGUGACCAAGGAGAAAAAACCAACAGUCAAGGAUGGGCAUAGACAUAGAAAGAAGACGGAUGAGCCCAGUGUACCAGAGUUUAGAAUUGUGCAUCGAGGGCUUAUUGAUCUUCAGAACUUCACAAAUGCAAGGUGCUACUAUGAUCAGUAUUAAUUUUUAUAAUAGCCAUGGAAUACCAAACAAAGCCAUACCACCAUUUUUUAAAACUGAUUUGCAACUUUUUUAUUUGAAAUCAAGCUAUAAAAUUGCAUAGUUUAAGUGUCAGUUGCAAAAUUUGCACCGGAAUUUCAAAGUGGGGGGCACACAGGGGUCACAGCCUCCCACUUCCUGUGCCAUGUUCUCCUGUCCCCUGUACAUUUGUGCCCCUCUGCCUCCCCACUCCUGCCCUUCAUUGUAUUACUCCUACCUUCAGGUAAAUAAAAAGGAUCAGAAAACUGGGUUUUUGGCAAACAGUUCCAAAACUUAUCAUUCAUGACCAUUCUCUGGCAUUGCAGGGAUGGGAGGUAAUUUUCUUAAGAUGAACAUUAUUACAGGCUAGUUGUAACUGACCUGGUUAUCAGAGUUAGACUAUCAAUUCUAGCAUCUCACUAUAGAGAAGAAAGUUGCAGCCCAUUGUGUAAUCUUAUAGCUAUUGCAGUUUCAAAUGUGUAUUUACUUGCAUUUCAGAAUCCCUUUUUUACUGGGAUUAUGCCAUUUGGAAAUCAUACCUGAAAGCAAAAUGCAACCUUAAGAGUUCAGUACUUUUUACUAAUUUUCACCAGUUUCACCAAUUGCAUAUUCAUUGCACAGAAUUAUGAUAUUCUCAAAUCUUAAAUUGUCAUUUUGAUUGUGCCACUAUUAUGGUCAGUAAUAAUAGAUCACUUCCAACCAACUUAGUGGCCCUCACUGCAUGAAAUGCUUGUAUGCAUAGACAAAUGGAAUUACAAAUUACACUGUUAUUGUAACACCCCCAAUAAAUUGUUAAAUCACUAAUAUUUUUGAGCUCUGAUCAUGAUGUGCCAAUCACACCUAUUGCUUCUAAUUACAUGCAAACCUGAAAUGAUUGUGAGAUGGUUAUUGUCUUCUACCAUCUUCUGUAGUGUCAGGGCAAGAACUAAAAAUAUAAUGUGCUUGUGGCUAUAAGCCAGAAAUCACAAAAGGAGAGAACUCAACUGUGUAUCAAGUGCGAAUGUCAAAUUACGAAAAUACUCAGAAAAAAAAUGAUCAGUAGUACUAGGAAACAUAGGGUGAAAAUUUGGCCAAGAUUGGAAAUCGAUUGUUACACUCAUUCACACACCCACUCAUCCUGACAACAUAUGUGGCUUUGCUUCUUAUAGGAGGCAGUAGCCUCAAUAAACAACUAAAAAGUGUCUUUUUAAUUUCUGCUCCCUCUUCCUGCCCUCUUCUGCCCCCUGUUCUCUUAGGGCUCGUGCCCUCCUGUCCCCUCUACUUCAAAGAAUACCAUCACCUGGAACUUGCGGUUGAAAAAUACAUUGUGGGCUGCAUAUACUUCUGCCACUAUCCUCUAAUUAUUCCUCAUUUAGCCACCUGGGCUGAAAAAGUCAAAUUCUUGUGUAGUUUGUGGAAGAGAUCAGUUGCAUUAAAAUCUUCUUUCCUAAUAAGUCAUUGUCAUAAUUUGAAUGCAGGGAUUCUAAUCCUACUACAAGACCUAAAGAACUUGUUGUCUACAUCGACUUGCCAUUGUUGGUAAGUUACAUGCGCUGUUUUGUUUACUGGAUUGAACCCUUAACUCUCACAUGACUGUAUAUAUAUCUUAUAUUUCAUAAGUGGGAAAAACUAUUCCAUACUGCCACAUAUAAACCCCCUUUUUGUGAUCCGCAGGAGUCUGCAGCACCUUUGGAGUUGGAUAUUCUUGAGAAACAGCUGGUGUUGGGUUGUGAGAAGCCUUGUUACAAUUUAGACAUAUCCUUAUUAUUUAUCAAAGAGCUACUGCCUCAGUCCUUGUACAAUUUAAAGAUUACGUGGAGUGAAAUAGACAUUAUUAGUUGAGCAAAUACAUUCACUGGGGGAUUCAUCUGCACAAAUAAGUAACACAGGCCUCAAGAGUAGUUCAUCAAGACUUAGUGGAGAGUGUUUGGGUUCAUAACCGUGACCAUUCAUUGUGUUUUUUAAGUGGGACCCUUUUCUCUCACCAUGUCUCUUUCCACCUAGUUGUUUACAUGGGUUCAUGCAAAGUGUCGGGAUGCUUGAUAAAUUGUUGGGAGGUUACUUGCAAUAGACAAGCAUCUUAUGCAACUGGAAGCAAAGAUAAACUCUUCCUGUAAUAAGGGAUUGAAACCAGUCAACUUAACCAAUCACAUUCAUGUUACAGUGCAAGAAAAAAGUGAAUUUUGCCUUAAUAUAAAGUACAUAGCACUUCCUUAUCCAAUAGAUGAAGAAAAUGGAUCAGCUAAAUUUGACAUAAGCAAGAGACAGCUAACUGUUACUUUACCUGUAUUACCAGCUACGGAUAUUCCUCAAAUGGUGGGUAUGGUUAUUUAUCUGUUCAGCAGUGCAAUAGAAUGUUAAGGAGGAUCUACAUACUGGUCAAUCCUGGGCCUAGUGAGGAAAUUGUACAACACCCUCACUGAAAUCAGAAAAUAUGUGCACCCAAGGAAUGGUCCCUGACUGACCACCUUUCUAAUUUUAAUAUUUAAUUAUUAGACUUGUAAAUUAUGUAUGAGGUAAUUAGCCACUUGUGUAUCUACAUUUGAGUUACAUGGAUGCCUCUUGAUACCCUGGUAAAAAACAGGUGAGCAAGCGUAUUUGGAUAUCCAAACACAGGGAAAAUCAUAACCUUUGAACAUACUCCCCUGCUUGAGUAAGGAGCAUUUUCUCUUUCAUGAGGCUAACAAAUUUUGGAAAACAUUAACAGCCCACCUAUCUUAAGUUUGUACUGUGUACUUUUUGGCAUUGAAUUUUUGAGCAAAAAAAAAACUUUCUCCAGGCAACUUCCUGGUAUUUGAAACUUGGAAGACUUUUCCUUAGCUGCUUCUUCCAUUCAUCAAAAUUGCAACUGAGAAGGUCCAUGCAAACUGAUGCCUCUAGUGAAAAAAGACACCAACCUUUCUUGAAACUGACUAGGAAAUAUGUGCAUAAAUUAUGUUAAUGAAACAAAGGAAGCAAAAACCUGAUAAAUACAGUCAUGAAUUUUUGUUUUGUUAGUGGGUUUAUUGUUCAUGAAUUUCUAAACACUUGAAAAAAGUAAUAGUGCUUAGCCUUCUGCCUCAUACUUUUAUCAUGAAUAGAAACCCUGAUAAAACACUCACUCAAUAUGAGGUAAGAGAAUAUUUUAACAAAACACUGAAGAACAUUCGUGACAGAAAUUCACUUUGAUUGGACUUAAAAAUGAAUUUGAAAUUUUUCCCCCCAGUCCCCAUUUACCUCUUGCUCUGGUAAUGAGCAAGACAACAAAGUCAGAGAAAAUACGAAAAACUGCACAGGGUUUAGCAUUGCCCACCCCUAAUUUUAUUUGGUUUCCUUCAGGAUGUGGGAAUUGUUGCAGGUGACCAAGUAGAAGAUGAGCAAUGUAGAAAUGAGGAACAACCAAAUUCACCACAAACAAGCAACCAAGAUGAAAAACUUUCAUCUGGAGAACUUCAACAGCCCAAACGUGAAUCUGUGGAGCAAACUUUAAAGGAUAAUAUAAGAACUUUGCUUGAUAAGGGUACUGAAGAGAAUGAAGCAUUUGACGUCUGUGACUUGGAAGAUGAAACAGACAUUCGGUUUAAACUGCCAAGUUCGUCCUCAGGUUUGUCUUUUCUCAAUUAAAGACCCAUCUUAACUGUAACAUGGGAUUCCUAGGUCUCACUUCCAACAACAUGUAUUAUGCAUUUUUUUAAAAUCAAUUUACAUAAUUGAGUGUUAUAUUAAACAUCUUUUUAAUAAAUAAUUUUGUCCAGACUUUUGGCCCCGACUUUAUGGGGCUAUUGCAAGAAGGAAUAUUGCCUGUAGAAGUCAAGAUAAGGAAUUGUUGAGGUCAUUUUCAUUUGAGAAAUGUUUUAUGCUCUGCUUGUGAAAGGGAGAGGAAGAUUUUAGUUGAAAUUUUUAUGAACCUCUCUGUUUGGACUUUUCUAAUCAGUUGUACUUACAAGGGACACACCUCCCCUCAAUAAAUAAAAUGAUAAAAUAAAAUGCUCUGAUAACCUAUCAACCAUCCUUUGAUCAAAUUUGAAACUAUGAUAUGCAAGAACAAUGACAAUUUUUGUUUUUUUGUUUUUUUAGACUUCUCCUCUCCUUGUUUCUUUACCACCCCACCCUACAGAUACCACCAGUGUGAUGAUGUAAUCACAGUUAUCAUUGAUGUCCCAAAUAUUGCACUUGACUCAGUUUCAUUGGGAUUCAAAAAGAAUAAGGUUGGCAAAUAUCCCUGUUAGUUCCAUAUGAUCUGUAAAACUCGACUAUCUGUUGUUUAUGAGUUGAAACCAGGCAGCCUGGAAAAAAGUGAUAAUCAGCCAUGGCAUAUAUUGCCUUGAAUUCACUAACAUGCUUUCAAAGGGAUUGAUUUUGUCAAGUAUGAGAAAGAAAGAAAAGUUGAAGUUUCAGCAUACCUUUAAUAUUGUUUCACUAGGUCAGGUUAAACAUUUUGGAAGGUCAGGAAAUAGGGAAUUUUAUUUUGAUUCAUUAGUGUGAUUCAGAAACAUAUUGAUAAAGUUUGUCUUUCUGCAAAUGCUGAUGUCUGGUCAAAGCACUUAAAUAAUCUAGCAACUCAUUUAAGGGACUGGCAAUAUCCAUGAUAACUUUGUAUAUCAGAAAUAUACAGGUUUUCAUUGAGGAAUGUAAUGUCUGGAAAAUAGUGUGUAGUGACAGGUAAAUAUUCUUCAUGUCUGAAUACAUAAUAGCUGAGGCCAUCAAAAUUUAGUUGGAGAAUUCUGUGUUUAAGCUGGAGAAUUCUGCAUAUCAGCUGGAGAACUAUCUGAUUUCUGAUUUUUUAAUUCUGAUUCCUAAUGAAGUCUCUGAAAUAGGAUAACAUCUGUUUGUAUCACUAGGAAUGUGACAACUUAAACUUUUUCACUUUGUUGAUUUAUUGAUGUACUUGAUUCAACACCUUUACCUUGUUUAGGCUUACAUAAGUUUCCCAUCUGGAAAGUCUUACCCAGGAGAGCUGCCUGCACCAGAUUAUGCCUUGUAUCUGCAGUUCCCAGAUGAUCAUAACCUUGAUGCAGAUCUCAGUAACAUUGACGUCAGUGAGGGAAACCUUGUUCUAAACCUUUACAAACAGGAAGCCUGCAAGGGGCUGUGGGAUAGUUUUGAGGCAGGUUCAGGAGAAGAAAAUUUAAAGGUGAGCAUAUUAACUGAUUUCAUCGGAUUUAUAGGGUGCAAUUUUUAUUGGUUUGGGUUUCAUAACCAAUUGCAGAACACUCCAUGAGCUCAUAGGUCACUAGCCUUUGUCUUUUGAUAUCUUAACUUUCUUUUUUGUUUAUACUUUUCCGUUUGUUUGUUUUUGUGGUGUGGAUUGGUGUGUCAUUAAUCUUAUUGAUAGUGUAGUCCACUGUUUUGUUAAAUGUGUUUAGGUACAUUUUGGUACAAGUGGGUGUGGCUUUCACCUUGCCAGUUAAUUGUAUUGCUUGAUCUGAUGGUGUCUUUUAAAUUACCUUCCUCACUAUGUGCUGACAAAUGCUAGUCUCUAGGUGAUUCAACUUAGUGACAAUUAGUUUUGAGCAUUUUAGAUGGUAUUCUUCAUCAAACAUAUUAAUUACUGUUAAUGAAGGUGUAAGUACCACAUCUGGGAGUGGUGCAGUGAGGGUGCAAUCUUACAAGCCCAGUGGCCUAUAAAAGUUAUAGGUUAUGUUGGGUUAUAAAGCAUAAUACCAACUAGCCACUUCCGCAUAUGGUAUGUUGGUCUAUGGCGAGGACAACCCCCCCCCCUUUCCCCUUCCCCUUCGCAUUUCAGGAGAUUUCCCUGACAGCUUUCUUGGUGUCCACUUGUUUUCCUUGGUGAAUAGAGACACGGUCAGUGUCUUACUCGAGAACACUAUUGUUGAUCCACUAAAUCUCCCAUUUGUUCCUGUACUAAUUGGCUUUUAAUUAUCACAUAGUCCCAUAAGUGUUGGAUGUCCUUUAUUUUGUAGACUCAGUUCCUUGUCUCUGAAAAAAUGGUUGAUGUGAUGAUGGAUGACAUUGCCGAGCAGGAUCCGUGGGUAUGUGGUUUGUUCGCACGACAGGUUUUUCUAUGACAAGUUUACCUUGAGAGUCUUGACCAAAAACAUUAAGUCCUGUUAUUCAAACACUGACAUAUCAUGUUUUGAACAGGGAGACUUGUCAAGGAAACACUUGUCAGAGACAAAAUUUGUACGUGACUUAAAAAAAAGAAAGGUGCCGGGGAAACAGCAAGGGAUUUCAAGUAAUUUCUACCAAAGCAAGUCGCGAGUCAACGUACCUACCGUUAUGACUCAAGCAUUUUCAUACUAUCAGUUAUAACUGAAUCUUCAUGAGACGUUUUUUAUUUCAAAGAAAUGCAAUGCAUAGCUUCUUAAAGUUCAACCAGCUUAAAAGAGUUGAAAGUGACUGUAGCUAUUUUGUCUGUAGUUUUACUGGCUAGACGGUGUGGAAAAGUAAAUGCUACAGGUACAAAAACUCCCACUUCCCCUCUGUGAACUAACACAAUGUACCACCUUCUGCUUUAACACGUGGGAUCUGCAGGCCCAUCAACCUGUGCUGUCUCAGUGUUUACUCUGUUAAGUGUUAUUUACUGUUUCAUUUUCCAUUUUCCUGUCCGUUGUAGUCCACCGCUGCUCCUAAUGGUGAAGCACAUGCGAAAGUUUCUUCUCUUACCGAUGACUGCCUCAGCCUUGGGAUAGAGAGAACUGAUCUAGGAAACAGCCAUGAAAACGAAGAAUUCUCUGAAUCUCACAUUAACGCUAAGGACGAGAAGCUAGACAAAAGGCGAAUGGGAGACAGCAUCAGUUCUUACGAGGAAAUUAAAGUGACUGAGGUUGUGAAAGAUCUUGAAAGAAUCCAACUAGACGAUAGCCAACCGAUAACAAAAUUAAAUGACGAAGGGAAUGGAGAGACCGUGAUGUCGGACUCAGAGAACCCUGAGAGCGAAGAAGCGAGCGCGGAAAAGAGCGACAGCUUUGUGCCAAUUGAUGUUAUAAGCAACGCAGUAAAAAGCAGGAGAUCGAUUUUGAGGAGGACUUCAAGUACGUCCACCGAUGAUUCACAAGGUGACGAGAAUGAGUGGAACGGAGUACCCGACUCCCCAAGCAAGAAAAAUGUACGAUUUAAUCUCAACCCUAAUGUUCGUGUAUUUAGCAACAAGAAAGAUAAAAAGAAAAGGAAAUUAGAGGCAAGACUGAAAGCUGAAGCACGAAAACAUUCAUUUGAAAGUGAAUCAAGUGGGUCUGAAUUUAGCAAUGGGACGUCACCCGUAGAUAGCGGAACAGGAUGGGACGCGUUUGAUGAUCAAUCACGGGGGACAGGGACUUCUUCCGAAAAUGGAGAUAAGGGAUCUAAUGCGGAUGAUAUACAAUCUAAAGAUGAUAAUGUAAGUAACCAAGCCGGAGUAGAAGCUUUUGGGAUGGCCAACAAUUUGAUCUUUGAACUCGAUGACUAACCAUUUGUCGGCGCUCAAAUCUUGGUGAUUGUUAUUGCAUCGUUUUGAAGAGGGUUAUAGGUACAUAUGCAGCGUAUGUAUUUGAAUUCAAUUCAAACGAAGUGGCCUCUCUGAAGCACACGAAACAAAUAAAAUUAACG